GACAAACAAUAACGCUGAGGGCUUUUUCCAAAAACUCCAGGGAGCCCUAAAAGCUAUUUUUUCUCUCAUCUUCCUCGCGUAACAACAACAAUACGCUCAAACAUUUCAUCUAUUUUUCAGAUAAAGAGUUUCACGGUUAUGUUUGGUGUUCGCAAAGGUUUUCUGUUCAGAAUCGAAUUGCUACUCAGUUUUGUUUUGGUUCUAGUUUAGAGGUUUCGACUCAGUGCAGAGUUUGGAUUCGAGCAGAGCUUUUUCACAGUACAGAUUUUGUAUUCAAGCCAAGUUUUUGGUACAGUUGUUGGUUUGAAUUAAAAUUAAAGUGAGUAUACAACAUAAUAAAGCUAAAUUGGAUGAGAGCUUACCGGUUGAAAUGAAGAAAAAUGCAGAAUUUGUCCACGCUCGCAAGGUGUUCGAUGAAAUGUCCCAACCGAAUUCCUUUUGUGGCGAAGUUAGCGGUGAGAGAGGAAUUUGAUUUAGUUGAUGUUAACGGCUCAACGAAAUCGAGGAAUGUUGAUUGUAUGAGUAAUGUGGAUGAUGAUAAAGGACUUGGUCCUACUGUUCCUUCUCAGAACGAAAGCGAAGGAAGAUAGCUCGGAGAAGGAGAAGUCUCUCGAUCUCUUUCUGAAGAUCGGCUUAGACGAACGCACAGCUCGAAACACCAUCGCCAACAACAAAGUCACUACCAAUCUCACUGCUGUUAUCCACGAGGCCGGUGUUACCGACGGAUGCAGCCGAUCAGUUGGGAACCUUAUUUAUACGGUGAGUUACAAUGAAUCAAAAGUGGUUGUGAUUGGAUUUUGGAGUGGAUUUGCUUGGUUGGCUGGAAUGACUGUGUUCAUUGCUAUAUUGUCUGAAUAUGUGGUGGAUACAAUUGAGGAUGCAUCAGAUUCAUGGGGUUUAUCUGUGAGCUUCCUCAGCAUAAUCUUGCUACCUAUAGUUGAUUUCAGUUCAUUUGAUGCAAUGGGAGUGUUUGAGAGCUUUACCCUUUCAUAUUGGUGUUAUAGUAAUCAACAUUGUUUGGAGUUAGCCAAAAAGCAUAUGAGCAAUAGAAGGGACUAUGUAACUGCAUCCGUCAAUGUACUUCGGUCUCAUCGGUGAUGGUCAACCUAUUGGAUGCUACGAAGACAUGUGAUUUUGGUUAGAUGCUUUUUCAUUUCAAUUUCUAUUUUCAAACUCUAUUAGUUUUGUGAGAUAAUUCAAUUGUUGAGGUUUUUACUGAUUUUGUUGUUGUUAAACUUGCAUUGAUAACCUCUUCCCGCUUUUCCACGACGGAGAAUCAACCUUUUUCUAAUCCACACUCUAUCCAUGACGCAAUACCCGUUUCCACCAUCGAAAACCCUAGCUUCUAUGAUUCCACUUCUUCAACAUCAUCAUCAUCAUCAUCAUCAUCAUCAUCAGAUGAAGAUUCACGGCGCGAGAGUUCGAAAUCGAGAGCCAAGUACGAGGACGAACAUGCUCGUUUGCUUCACGCCUCACUCACUCACUCACGUGAUGAAGCUGGGAUGGACAGAAGCUGCGUUAAUUGCUGGAGCGAAGGAUGUUGGUCUUUCUCCUUCUAUUGUUGGAUCUUUGUCAAGGAAGGAAGCUGCAUUGGUUGAGGUUCAUUUCCAUCUCUAUCUUAGUUUUUAGUAAUGGAAUUUAAUAGUAACUGGUAAAGGAAUUAUGAGAAAAAGAAAAGAUAGUUAAAGUUGAGAGAAAAGCAAUUAAAGGAAAAGUUAAUUACUGUAUUAAACAUCUUUUGAUUAAGUUUAGUUCAGAUUAUUUAAUUCAGUCAGUUAAAAUAAUUGCUGAUUAUCUGUUAGUAUGAUUUAAGUAGAGUAGUUGUUAAAGUAUAGAGAGAUUAGUUUUAGCUGUUACAUAAUUAAUUGCUGAUUACAUGUUGUAGUACUAAUUGGUGAUUACCUGUUGUAGUACUAAUUGCUGAUUACCUGUUAUAGUGAAGUUAGUUUUCUGCUUUUACAUUUUUCUGUUAGGAUUUUGUUAGAUAGUUAGAACUUGGUUAGUAGUUAAUUUUUCCUUCUCUACACUUAUGGUAUAAAAUGAUUAAGUUUGUUAGCAGUUAAUUACUAAACAAAUUCACUAUAAUCUAACUAUCUAACCAACUUAACCAUCGCCCAGGAUGAACAGUUCAAUCCUCGGUCAUAGUUAGAAGGACUAUAGUUAGUUUUGUGAGAUAAUUCAAUUGUUGAGGUUUUUACUGAUUUUGUUGUUAAACUUGUGGUGUUCAAUGGAAAGACCUUCAAUCAAGUUGAAAUUAAACCUGAAAUGAUUGGCCAUUAUCUAGCUGAAUUCUCAAUCUCAUACAAGUCUAUUAAGCCCAGUAAGCCCGGUAUUGGUGCUACUCACUCCUCCAAGUUUAUACCUCUCAAGUUUCUUCUUAUUUAUGCUAUCUCCACCCCCUUUGAAAACUUCAUUAACUAUUAUGAAAUUAGUAUCCAAAAUAGUAUAAUGAUUGAAGGGAUGUCAUUUAAACUGGACAAAAUUAAGUGGAAAUCUCACUGUAGGCAUUCAUUUCCAUGAUGAAAAGAUAAAAUAAUAUUAUUCUGACGUUGCUUCAGUUUUUGAUUCAGAUUAUUGUUUCGAUUUGGUUCAGAAUCGAACUGAAUUUUAGCUAUCAACUCUUUUUCGAUUCUGUUUCGAUAUUGUUUGCAUUCUGAAAUUUUCCCUAAAUUACAUGUUUUCAAAUUCAAUUUUCUGCAAUUAGUUAUGUGUGUAUGUGUGUGUGUGGUGUUUAUAGCAUUGAUCAUUGCAAAGGAUUUCAGCCAAGGAUUAGACAUGGGUUUUUCACACAUCUCAACUUUAUCAGGCAAUAAGUAUUGGUUAUACUCAUUAGUUGAAUAUGUUUUCAUUUUGUUAAAAAAGUUUUCAUAGCCAUUAUGUUUAUGUAUUAUGAGUAACAAAAUAUGUAAACGAUGGACUGAAUCAUAAAAUUAUUAAAGAAUUAAUUGUUGAUAAGAGCUUCACAGCUAUAUAACUUUGCAGUUCCUGAUAUUGGAUUGCUUAAAGAAGUUGAAAAUAAGGAGAAAACAGUUAAGGUUAGUAUUUCUAGCAAGUUGUAACCAUAUAGAUCUAUUAGAUGCUUGUAUACUGAUAG